CGCCGCGGGUCCCCUGCGCUGCGCCCGCCGCUCGGCUGGAGCGUUCCUAGGGUCCGCGGUUAAGAGGCCCCCUUCCCUGGGACGCGUCUGAUCUGCGGGAAGGCGCCACUUGCGUUUGCCACGGAGCCCGCCAGCUUUCAGGACAACUCCUGCGUCUAGCUGAUGAUGACAAAAAUUAAGAAAUUUCUUGAAGUGGUCCAGUGGAAGACUUAUUCUUAGAACUGCUCAAGUUUGAAUACAAAAUGAAGCAAGACGCCAUAAGGAAUCCUGCCUACACUGUGGACUGUGAAGAUUUUGUGCAUGUGGUAGAAUUUAAUCCCUUUGAGAGUGGGGAUUCAGGAAAUCUGAUUGCAUAUGGUGGCAAUAAUUAUGUGGUGAUUGGCAUAUGCACAUUUCAGGAAGAAGAAGCAGAUGUUGAAGGCAUUCAGUAUAAAACACUGCGAACAUUUCACCAUGGAGUGAGGGUCGACGGCAUAGCUUGGAGCCCGGAGACUAGACUUGAUUCGUUGCCGCCUGUCCUCAAAUUUUGUACAUCAGCUUCUGAUCUGAAAAUCAGGUUAUUUACUUCAGAUCUUCAAGAUAAAAAUGAAUAUAAGGUUUUAGAGGGCCACUCAGACUUCAUUAAUAGCUUGGCGUUUGACCCCAGAGAAGGCCAGGAAAUCGCAAGCGUGAGUGACGACCAUACCUGCAGGAUUUGGAACUUGGAAGGAAGGCAAACAGCUCAUUUUGUUCUUCACUCCCCUGGUAUGAGUGUGUGCUGGCAUCCUGAGGAGAAUUUUAAGCUGAUGGUUGCAGAGAAGAAUGGAACGAUCCGGUUUUACGAUCUUGUGACCCAUCAGGCUAUUUUGUCUCUUGAAUCUGAACAGAUACCACUAAUGUCAGCACACUGGUGUUUAAAAAACACCUUCAAAGUUGGAGCAGUUGCAGGAAAUGAUUGGCUGAUUUGGGAUAUCACUCGGUCCAGUUACCCUCAAGAGACAAGACCCGUUCACAUGGACCGCGCCUGCUUGUUCAGGUGGUCCACAAUUAGUGAGAGCUUGUUUGCAACCACUGGUUACCCUGGCAAGAUGAGCAGCCAGUUCCAGAUCCACCACCUCGGGCACCCUCAGGCUUUACUACCUCGACACAAGCCUAGCGCCAGCUCUGAAGCCCCAGAGAUUGACGUCACAAUCCGGAUCCUGAACUACAAACCCCAGCAUGCCGAGCGAGGAGGCGGGCCCUCCGGAAGCCGCCUGAUGAUUGGCGAACGUAAGCGGUUCCUUCCGGUAGGAGGGCCCCGGGGGCGGGGACUGGGACUGCGUUUCCGGGUUGGGCGGGCUCCGUCGGAGAACUUCUGUGGAGGAGCUGGGGGUCUCCCGCCCGCCGAGGAGAUGGAUGAGGACGGGCUCCCACUCAUGGGGUCAGGCAUAGACCUGACCAAGGUGCCCGCGAUCCAGCAGAAGAGGACGGUGGCGUUCCUCAACCAGUUCGUGGUGCACACCGUGCAGUUCCUCAACCGCUUCUCCACGGUGUGCGAGGAGAAACUGGCCAACCUCUCUCUUCGGAUCCAGCAAAUUGAAACAACUCUCAAUAUUUUAGAUGCAAAGCUGUCCUCUAUUCCCGGCCUCGAUGAGGUGACAUUUGAAGCUUCUCCCGGAAGUGUCACCAGCGUCACAAACAUAUCCCAUUCUGAAGCCACCUCAGAGCAGUCACAGCAGAACAGUACACAGGACUCUGGACCACAGGAAAGUGAAGUAUCGUCAGAAAAUACCUUUACCGUAGCGGAGGAUCCAAGAUACGCCAGAUACCUCAAAAUGGUUCACGUGGGUGUUCCGGUGAUGGCAAUAAGAAACAAAAUGAUAUCGGAAGGACUGGACCCGGACCUGCUUGAGCGGCCUGACGCGCCCGUGCCUGACGCUGGCGGCGAGAAGAGCAUAGGCGAGAGCUCGGACAGCGAGUCCUCCUUCAGCGACUGAGCCGGGUCCUACGCACAGCUGCGCCCAAGUGCUGACCUCUGCCUGCGUCCUACAGCAUCCGCCACCGCGCUGCCUGUGUUAAAAGAACGCGUUUUUAACCCUCCAGCACGUUUUGCUGUGGAAAUAAAGGGCUCUGGAAUGAGAAACAAUAACCUGAACUGCAGUGAGUGCUUUAGUGCUCAGAGGACAUGUCCCAGGGCUGGGGUUGUGCUCCAAAGUAAAGCUAAUGUGAGUUCAUACUCACUGCAAAAAUGAAUAAGUUUUAUACAUUUUUUGAAUGCUUUAGCAUGAAAAAUAAUAUGUACCUUUUUUUUUUUUGAGACGGGGUCUCAUAGUCCAGGCAGACCUUGAACUCACCACGUAGCCCAGACUGGCCUCAAAUCAUGUCAGUCCUCCUGCCCGGAAUGGCAGGUGUGCACCACGGCGCCUCGCAGUUGUGCCCAAUUUCUGUGAGCUCUUAAAUUCCCAGCAGGAAGUAAUACUGGGUGGAAAUUUCCUGUGGCAUCUUGACCUACUUUGGAUACGGGGCUUUUUGGAAAUAUUUAUGAGCAAAUACAGCUGUUUUGUCACUUGG